UGGGCCUGGGUGGGGCAGCCCAGGGCCGACUAGCUGGAAGCCUGAGCCCCAGCCGCCUACAUCACUUUUCUUCCUGGAAGGAAGCUACCUUUGCACAUGGAGAGGCCCAGAUGGUCUGAGGCGGGACCUGCUGGAUGCGCCCCAUCCCCCGGCCUCAUCCUCCCCCUCUGACCGCCAGGUACCCCAGGAGCACCCCUCCCUCCCGGGCGGCUCCCACCACUUCCCAAGUGCCUUGGCCCAUGGCCCGCUUUCCGACCUUGAGCCGUCACAGCCUCGGUGGCAGCGAGAGUCUUGGAGGGACUCCCUACCGUCUGGGGCCGGAGAGCCCUUGGUGCUUCUGGGAUGGGUGAGGGGAGCGGGGCAGGGGCAGGAGUAGGAGUCAGAGGGGGAAAAGUUGUCCCCGAGCCUUGCCCUCCUCUGGGCCUUCUGCCCCCUUCAUGAGCGCCCUUUUGGGACCGGUCCCUCUGGAAAUCCGUGCAGGCCGGCCCCCGCCCAGGAAGUGAAGGAAAGGGGGUCUCUCCCUCAGGACCCUCCCCCCUUCCCCGCCCAGCCCGAAGAGGACUGAGACGCGGCCCCAACUGGGAGCCUGGAAGCCGCGAGAAUGGGCCCCGGAGCCCGGAGCCCCCCGUGGCGGGAGUUACUGACAUUCAAGGAUGUGGCUGUGGACUUCACCCGGGAGGAGUGGUGCCUCUUGGACCGUUCUCAGAAAGAGCUGUACAAGGAGGUCAUGCUGGAAAACUCCCAGAACCUGCUCUCCCUGGGAAUUCCAGUUCUCAGAGAAGAUUUGAUCUCCCUUUUUGAGAAAAGGGAAGCAUCAUGGAUCCUGGAUCAAAAAGGACCAAGGAACUCCUCUCCAGGGACCAGGUUUAAAGUGAAUGAGACUGCUGUGCAACUGAGCAUUUCUGUAGAAGAAUUUUACCAGCAAAUAUUCAUGAGUGAUGGACCCUGUGACCUCAAUUUGAGAGAAGACUUUAGCUCAAAUAUCAAAAUGGUCAAAAAAAAUCAAAAUAGUCAUGAAAUUGAUAAAGAUGGAAAGAGUUUCAAACAAUCUUCAGCCUUUACUCAGUGUAAGAAAAUGACUUCAGAGAAUGAGUGUCUUCAGUAUAGUGAAAAUAAAGAAUGCUUUACUGAAAAGGCUGGGUUUAGGCAGUCUUCUGAGAAGUCUCCUCAAGUGCAAAUGUAUCAAGCUAUUCAUCAGGAAACAACCUCCAGCUUGAAUUCAGAUCUUAUUAGUUAUCAGAAAAAUUGUCCUGGAGAAAUACUUAAUAUAAAGAAUGAAGGUGGAAAGGCCCUCAGGCUGACCCCAAAGCCCAUAGACUAUCAUAACAAUCACACUUCUGAGAAACCUUAUGAAUGUAAUCAAUGUGAAAAUGUUUCUACUCCAAUAGCCUACGUUUUCAAACAUCAGAAAAUCCACAAGAAAAGAAAGAAAACAUAUGAAUGUGGUCAAUGUGGAAAGAUAUUCAAAAAGGGAUCCAAUCUUCAAGAACACCAGAGAAUUCAUACUGGAGAGAAACCUUAUAAAUGUAAUCAAUGUGGAAAGACUUUCAGAACAAGAUCCAGCCACACUGUACAUUAUAGAAUCCACACUGGAGAGAAAACUUAUGAAUGUAGUCAAUGUGGAAAGAUGUUCCGAACGAAACAUAGUCUUCAUGAACAUAAGAUAAUUCACACUGGAGAGAAACCUUAUAAAUGUAAUCAAUGUGGUAAGACUUAUAGACAGAGCUCCAGUCUUUAUCUUCAUCAGAAAAUCCAUACUGGAGAAAAAAUUUUUGAAUGUAAUCAAUGUGGAAAAACUUUCACACAGAAGGCCACUCUUGUUAACCAUGGAAGAAUCCACACUGGAGAGAAACCUUAUGAAUGUAAUCAAUGUGGAAAGGCUUUAGCAGAUAGGACCCAUCUUGCUAACCAUGUGAGAAUCCACACUGGGGAGAAACCUUAUAAAUGUAAUCAGUGUGAAAAGGUUUUCCGACACAAAUCCAGUCUUGCUGUACAUCAAAGAAUUCACACUGGCGAGAAACCUUAUCAAUGUAAUGAAUGUGGGAAGGCUUUCACACAGAAGGCCAAUCUUUUGACACAUCAGAGAAUUCACACUGGAGAGAAGCCUUAUGAAUGUAGUCAAUGUGUAAAGAAAUUCAGAUCAAGAUCCAGUCUUCAUGAACAUCAAAGAAUGCAUACUGGGGAGAAACCUUAUAAAUGUAUUCAAUGUGGAAAGACUUUCAGACAGAGCUCUAGCCUUUAUAUUCAUCAGAGAAUCCACACUGGAGAGAAAACUUAGGAAUGUAAUCAAUGUGGAAAGGCUUUCACACAGAAUUCCAGUUCUGCAGUUUAUCAAAGAAGCCCCACUGGAGAAAAAUCUUAUUUUCAGUAAGCCCUCUCUUGCUCAAUAUCAGAAAACCCACACUGGAGAGAAAUCUUAGAAAUGUAAUCAAUGUAGCAAAGCCGUUAAGAAAAAAUCUUCCCUUAUUUCCCAUCAGAGAAUUCUCAUUAGAUAGAAAUUUUGUCACUGUAAUGAAUGAAGAAAGACAUCCAAAAGUAACAGAGAACUUGUUCAAUAUUAGAAAACUCAUUCUGAGGAAAUAUCCUAUAUUGCCUCAAUGGGAGAAGGCCUUCAAACAAGAGAUCAUCCUUUACUUUACAUCAGGAUUCAGAGUGGAAAGAAGCCAUAUGAAUUUUCUCAUUGGAGACAUGAUUUUUUUUUUUUAUGGAAGAGGGAGGUUACUAGACAUCAGAAUAGCAAUGUCUUUUGUCUAUGUCAAAGCCUUUAUGUAUAGCCCAUACUUGAUUUUACAUUGGAGAAAUCCUGGAGAUAAAACUUAUGUAUCUCAGUAAUGAGGGAAGGCCUCUUUCAGCACUGUAGAUGUUGUUAGACACUCAAUUUCAUAAACUCCAAAGCCCUAUAAAUAUAAUGAAAUUUUCUUGGAAAUCCCAGUAUUUGUCAUUACAAGGAUUGGAGAAAAUCACAGAAAAUGAAAUUGGUUAUUUUCAUAACAUUUUAAAAAAACAACCCUAAAUGGAGCAAUUAGCUGGGAAAAAAUUCUUUGAGAAAACCUCCCUAAAAAAGGCUUCAUUUCUAAGCUAUAUAAAGAAUAGAUACUGAUUAUGUGUAGGCAUGUAACAUGUGGAUACUAUUCAAAAAUGUCAAAAAGUACAAACAGGCAAUUUUCAGAAGAAAAUACAAAUAAGCAAUCGUGAAAAAUAUAUUACGCAUCUGUAAUCACUAAUAGAAAGUUCUAAGACUGGUAAGUGUGAUAAAAUGGUAAUCAAAUAUUGGGGGGGAAAGAAAGCCAUGUUUCUCAAUUGGGUAUUUAGUACACACAUUUUAUGGGUUUUUUCCCUUCUCCUCCAAGAGAGAUGCAGCAUGUCAGAAGGACAGAAAAUGUUCAUUUAAAAAUGAAAUUUAAGCUAACCAGGAAAAAAGCUCCAAAUCCCUAAUUAAAUAAAUGCAAUUAAAUCAGUUCUCAUUUUCCACCUCACACUCAUGUAACUGGCAAAGACAAUAAGAAAAUAUCCAGUGUUGGAAGAAUUAUGGAAAAAUACGCACAUGGGUUAAUUUAUUGUUUGUGAAACUAUGGAAACUAAGGUGUGAUCACCACUAAGUGAUGGUGAAAUAAAUUGUUAUAGGAAUGGAAUGGGACACCAAUACGCCAAACACGUAAUUUCAGUGAAACCUGGAAAGAGCUAUAUAAACUAACCGUCUACAGGAAGCAGAAUCAAAGGACUAAUUGAUAACAAUAACAACUUUUUAAAGGCUGAUAAAUUAGAAAGAUGCCACAAGUCCGAUUAUUGUAAGGAGCAACCACUAUCACAGAAUUUAUCAAGAUCUGCCCUACCUGCCUCCUAAUAACAAGUGAUGGAUACAAGAUGUAGAUUAAAGUAUAUUUUGGGCCAAGUACUACACUAGUAGGCAUUUUGUUUUAAUUGGAGGUUUUCCUAACAUUUUUUCCCCCAAUUUUGAGUAUGAGCACAGCAGUUAGGGAGAUUAAGAAGAGGAAUUAAUACUCUGACCCCACUUCAAAAAAAAAGGGAUAAUUUUUAAAAUAUAUUCAGUAGAACAGGAGAAAGUGCAGAAGGAAUGAGCAUAGCUUUGAAAGUGCCAUGUUGAAUUUUUGAAUGACUGAAAGAGAAAAUCCAGCUUUGUAUGUAAAUCAUUUUUAUGGUAUAUAUAAAAAGUGUUUCUUAUAUUUCAUGUUCAUAAAUUUCAAAAUUAAAAGUAAUCAAACACU